AUGGUAUUUUGGUGCAACACCAUAUCGAAUGAGGAGCAUCAUCUCGCGGGAGUGUCCAAAACAUACCCACAACAAGCUGGAACCAUCCGUAAGAACGGUUACAUUGCCAUCAAGCGUCCCUGCAAGGUUGUAGAGGUUUCAACGUCAAAGAUUGGGAAGCAUGGUCAUGCUCAUGCAAAAUGUCACUUUGUUGCUGUUGACAUCUUCACCAGCAAGAGUUCGAAGAUAUAAUAUUUUUUUCCUUCUUCUCACAAUUGUGAUGUUCCUCACGUCAACAGUAUUGAUUAUCAUCUGAUUGACAUUUCUGAAGAUGGAUGAUAUGUAUGUGGUAGCACAAAGGAUGACCUCAAGCUCCCUACUGAUGAUGCUCUUCUCCAACAGAUCAAGAGUGGUUCUGAGGAGGGAAAAGAUUUAGUGGUGAGUGUGAUGUCUGCCAUGGGAGAGGAACAGAUCAAUGCUCUCAAGGACAUUGCUCCCAUGUGA